GUCCUCCACACACCCAUGGUGGCUCAGCUCGAGAGCCCCCAGCCGCAACCCCAGCCCCAGCAGCAGCCGCAGCAGCAGCAGGAGCAGGAGCGGGAGCGGGAGGAGCGGGAGCGCGGGGGUGAUGAGUCGGCGCCGCUCGACGAUCGCGCGGAGAAGACGAAGUCGCUGAUGUGCGCCCUCGGCCUCAUCUCGCGCAACCUCCCCUUGCCCCCCGACCUGCUCAGCGCCGUCUCCUCCAUCUGCGACGACGACGCCGCCACCGCCGGGGACGGGGCGGGCGGCGAGGGGGCCGCGGGCGGGGGCGAGGGCGGCGGAUCCGGGGAGGUUCCGGCGGUCGAGAAGGGUCCGGUCGACCAUGUUAACUCUAGCAGACGAGAUUUACUUGCAGAAUUUGAGGAUGCACUCCUGAGACAGCGGAUAAAUUGCAUGUCAGGUUCUAAAUUGGCAGAAUCAAAGGAAAAGCGUCUUCAAAGCCGAGUCCAGCAUCGCAUAAGUGAACUUGAAGAAUUGCCAUCAACUAGAGGGGAGGAUCUGCAGACAAAGUGCUUACUUGAACUUUAUGGACUGAAGCUAGCGGAUUUGCAAAGUAAGGUUCGCUCCCAAGUAAGUUCGGAGUACUGGCUUCGAUUGAACUGUGCAUACCCUGAAAAGCAGUUGUUUGACUGGGGUAUGAUGCGAUUGCGCCGCACUCAAUAUGGUGUUGGGGAUGCUUUUGCCGUGGAAGCUGAUGAUCAUUUCAGAAAGAAACGGGAUGCUGAGAGGCUCUCAAGAUUGGAAGAAGAAGAAAAGAAUCUUGUAGAGACCAAAAAAAGGAAAUUUUUUGCAGAAAUACUUAAUGCAGUACGAGAAUUUCAUUUACAAAAUCAGGCUUCUCUAAAGCAAAGAAAGCAGAGGAACGAUGGGAUCCAGGCCUGGCAUGCAAGGCAAAGACAGCGUGCUACCCGUGCUGAAAAAUUGAGGAUGCAAGCUUUGAAGGCUGAUGAUCAGGAAGCAUAUAUGAAAAUGGUAAAGGAAAGCAAAAAUGAGCGAUUGAAUACGCUUCUUGCAGAAACGAACAACCUGCUUCACAAUUUAGGAGCUGCUGUCCAGCGUCAAAAAGAUGCUGGACAUGCUGAUGAAAUUGAGGAUCUUAAAUAUUCUGAAGCUGAUUUGCCUGAGUUGGAUGCUUCAAGCAGUGGAACUCCUGCGGAAGAGGUUGAUGUCUCUGAAUCAGAUCGCAAUGAUGACUCCAGUGACUUUCUUGAGGGUCAGCGGCAAUAUAACUCCGCUAUUCAUUCCAUUCAAGAAAAGGUGACCGAGCAGCCGUCCAUGCUUCAAGGUGGAGAAUUGAGGCCCUACCAAUUGGAAGGACUUCAGUGGAUGGUUUCAUUAUUUAAUAACAACCUAAAUGGUAUUCUAGCUGAUGAGAUGGGUUUAGGAAAAACAAUACAAACCAUCUCGUUGAUUGCCUAUCUCAUGGAAAACAAGGGUGUUGUAGGGCCCCAUUUGAUAGUGGCUCCAAAGGCUGUGCUGCCAAACUGGAUUACUGAAUUUUCAACUUGGGCUCCAAGUAUUGCAGCUGUGCUUUAUGAUGGACGUCUGGAUGAGAGAAAGGUGAUGAGGGAAGAGUUAUCUGGAGAGGGGAAGUUUAAUGUGUUAAUUACUCAUUAUGGCCUCAUCAUGAGAGAUAAAGCAUUCCUGAAGAAAAUUCAGUGGCAAUAUUUGAUUAUAGACGAAGGACAUCGAUUAAAGAAUCACGAAUGUUCUCUUUCAAGGACUCUUGUAUCUGGCUAUCAGACUCAACGCAGGCUUCUCUUAACGGGCACGCCAAUUCAGAAUAGUUUGCAGGAACUAUGGGCGCUGCUUAAUUUUCUUCUUCCAAGUAUUUUCAAUUCAAUUCAGAAUUUUGAGGAUUGGUUUAAUGCACCCUUUGCGGACCGUGGUGAUUUAUCCCUCUCAGAUGAAGAAGAGUUAUUAAUUAUUAAUCGUUUGCAUCAAGUUAUAAGACCAUUCAUAUUGAGAAGAAAGAAAGAUGAAGUGGAGAAGUUCCUUCCUGGGAAGUCCCAGGUUAUAUUGAAGUGUGAUAUGUCAGCUUGGCAGAAAGUAUACUAUCAACAAGUGACGGAUGUUGGCAGAGUUGGGCUGGAUACUGGAUCUGGAAAAUCAAAGUCUCUACAGAACCUCUCGAUGCAGCUUCGCAAAUGUUGUAACCAUCCUUACCUUUUUGUUGGGGAAUACAACAUGUGGCGCAAGGAUGAGGUCAUCAGAGCAUCAGGGAAGUUUGAGCUACUUGACCGCUUGCUCCCAAAACUCUAUAGAUCUGGGCAUAGGGUCCUGCUUUUCUCCCAAAUGACUCGUCUUAUGGACAUUCUUGAAAUCUAUUUGCAACUUCAUGAUUUCAAAUAUCUUCGACUGGAUGGUUCAACAAAAACUGAAGAAAGGGGGCUUUUGCUGAAGCAAUUCAAUGCUCCCAAUUCCCCAUUCUUUAUGUUUCUUUUGAGCACUCGUGCUGGAGGCCUUGGUUUGAAUUUGCAAACAGCAGAUACAGUAAUAAUAUUUGACAGUGAUUGGAACCCCCAAAUGGAUCAACAGGCAGAGGAUCGGGCCCAUCGAAUAGGACAGAAGAAAGAGGUCAGAGUUUUUGUGUUGGUUAGUGUUGGAUCAAUCGAGGAGGUAAUUCUGGAGCGUGCAAAACAAAAGAUGGGUAUUGAUGCCAAGGUUAUCCAGGCUGGACUUUUUAAUACGACUUCCACAGCUCGGGACCGAAGAGAGAUGUUAGAAGAGAUAAUGCGCAAGGGUACCAGAUCAUUGGGCACAGAUGUGCCAAGCGAGAGAGAGAUCAACCGCCUUGCAGCACGUUCAGAUGAAGAGUUCUGGCUCUUCGAGAAGAUGGAUGAGGAGAGAAGGCAAAGGGAAAAUUACAGGUCCCGUCUCAUGGAAGAGCAUGAGGUGCCAGAGUGGGCCUAUUCUACACCUGAUGCGAACGAAGGCAAGUCCAAGGGUUUUGAGCACGAUGUCAGCAAAAUCACUGGAAAGCGAAGAAGAAAGGAGGUUCUUUAUGCAGAUACUCUGAGCGAUUUGCAGUGGAUGAAGGCAGUAGAAAAUGGUGAAGACAUAUCCAAACUUUCUGGCAGAGGAAAGAGAAAGAAUCACCCUCUUUCUGAGAACAAUGGGUUAAUCGGUACGGUAUCAGAACCGAGAAAUGAAGAUGGAGAAGAGUCAUCAAAGUUCUCAGUAAAAGGAAAGAGGAGAGAUGAUCUCCUCUCAGGUGCCAAUGAUUCGGCUAGCAAUGACGCACUAUCGGAAUUGGAAAGUGAAAGCAGAGAAGAUAUUUCCAAAUUCUCAUCCAAGGGGAAGAAAAAUGAUCAACUUCCUUCCGAGUCCACUGAGUUAGUUCACGACAGUGCAGCUGACUUGGAUGAUGAAAAUAUGCCUGUGGCGAGUGAGGAUAACAGUGAAGAUACUUAUGGUUCUGUGCCGAGGAAAUUGAAGGCUGAAAGCAUCGAAAAACCUGAGUAUCAGGGUGCUAGGAGGGUCGGGUGGAACGGGCAUAUACUAACGUGGAACACCCAUAAGAAGAAGAGAUCCAGCUAUAUUCCGAGCUCUUCAUCAGACUCGAGGGGCCCGAACUUUAAUGGAAGAGGGAAUGGUUGGAAUUAGUCAACAAUUUUCUUGCUCUUUUGGUUCGUGCUCAAUCCUUUUUUCAUGGUUUUUUUCCCCCUUCCCCUCUCUCAUUCAUGGGGUUGAGCUGCAAAACUAGAAUUCUGGCAGAAGUGGAUUUUUAGGGGCAGCAAAUGGUGACAACACCUGUAGCUGUGGCUUACUGUCCGCACGGCUUCUAUUCAUUUCAAUGGAUGAAGGCUGUAUUGUACCAGUAGCAAUUCAAAUUACCUAGUGUACAAAGAUGUGCCCUUUCA